AUGGGCAUUUCCAGCCCAGCUUUUGCUUACGUCAGCAUGAAUGUAGAAAGCGAUUACGAGCGUUUAAUCCAAAACUAUAUUGUGGUAAAGUUACUUGGCAAAGUCUUGGUCUACAUGGUCACGAUGAGCAGCAUGGUGAACAAGUGCAAUAAGAAAAGAAACCCCGAUGUUGCUGCAUGGCAAAGUAGCGGUGAAGAGUCGAGGGGACCAUGGCAAAGUUGGUUGUAG